AUGGUUCAGAAGUCAACAGUUUCUACGUCAGCCGGAGAACCAAUGACCCGGCGGGGUUGCGCCAACGGAUUGGCAUAUGUUCUUCGGUAUCGACCGGUUCUACGGCAGAAGGUGAAAAAGGAAACAGAGCCGCAUGGUCCGUUCACGCAACAAGAGUUAGCACUUUCGGAGACAAUCAUCUUCCGAAGCGUCCAAAGAGAGGAGUAUCCCGACGAAGCAGCUAUUCUCACUAGUGUUCGUAAUAUGCGGAAAUUAAGACACCAGGAGCUUAAACUAGAGCUUACCAGUAAGAUCAGAAAACUGUCGCCGUUCAUGGACGAGUUUGGAGUAAUACGUGCUGAGACGCGGAUUUCUGAGGCUACGUUCGCUGCCCAUGAUACCAGAUUCCCAAUCAUUUUGCCAAAGGACCAUAAAGUCACCCGGCUGGUGAUUAAGUGCUAUUAUCAGAGAUUUCUUCAUGCCAACAACGAAACGAUCGUCAACGAGAUUAGGCAGCGCUUCCAUGUGUCCACUUGGCGUACGGUGGUUCGCAAAAUAUCCAGAGGAUGGCUCCUGUGUAAACUUAAAAGAGCUGCUUCUGUAGUUCCCCGAAUGGCUCCCUUGCCGGCGGCAAGAUUGAAGGCGUUUGAGCGAUCGUUCUCCUACGUAGGAAUCGACUAUUUUGGACCAAUCGCCAUCCGAGUCAAUCGCAGCAACGUGAAGAAAUGGGUCGCUUCGUUCACGUGCCUCACAACGCGUGCAGUUCAUCUCUGUCCACACGCUGACGACCGAGUCCUGCAAGCAAGCAAUUCGACGGUUCAUUGGACGUAG